CAGGGCACAGCCGGCCGAGGCCCUGUCCUCUAAGGGGGUUCCAGCACUGCCCCCCAAUACAUAUCUCUCUAGCUCCCUACUACCCACAGGCCCAGCCCUGCACUAAGAUCCAGCCAUGGGGGACUUUUUUCUCCACCUCCUCCCCAAUAUGUGUAACUUGGUCCCUUUGUACAGGUUCCUCCUGCCUCCAAUACCCUGGUGCCCUGUUCCCCAUGCACAGAGCCAGCUGGGAGCUAUGGGGGAAACGUUUUCCCAGUUCUGGAAGGUCUCCGACCCGAAGGAGAGGGAUGGGAAAUCGAGUCUGCACAAGAAAUCGGCUGGCGAGGAGGAAGUCACCAAUUAUGGCACCAUCAAUGGGGGAGACUCCUCUGCCUCCUGCGUGCCCUGUGCGGGGAGUCGAGGCUGCAUCACCUGCCCAACGUGCCAGGGAACGGGAAGGAUCCCCAGAGAGCAAGAGAAGCAGCUGGUGGCUCUGAUUCCAUACGGUGACCAGCGGCUGAAGCCCCGGCGAACGAAGCUGUACGUGUGCCUUGCGGUGACCAUCUGCCUGCUGACGUCCUCGCUCAUCAUAUUCUUCCUCUUCCCGCGCUCUGUGGCUGUGCAGCCAGCAGGGCUGAACGCCUCCUCCAUCGCCUUCAAUUUCACCACGGCCACCAUCAACCUCAACAUGACGAACAUGUUGAACGUCACCAACAACAACUUCUACCCCGUCACCGUCAUCCAGCUGGACAUUGAGGUCUUACACCUGUCCCUGGUGAUAGGGAAAACCACCAGGAAGAGCAUGCUGAAUAUCGGCCCUUUGCACAGCGGGCAGAUCUAUUAUACAGUCUCCAGCCAUAUUCAGGACAACAAUACCUACAACAUCUGCACCUGGGUCAAAAUCAAAGUCCACAACGUUCUGCUGCACAUCCAGGGCACCCUCACCUGCUCGUACCUGUGCCACUCGGAGCAGCUGUCUUUUGAGAACUACCAGUACGUGGACUGUCGAGGGAACGCGACGCUGCCCCGCCCGCCGUGACGGGGUCGCCGGACGGCCCCCUCUUCCGUCGCAAAGGCAAGUUAGCGCCAGCCACGCCUCAGGCUCCUCUCCUGAGCCGCUGUGAUUUUAAACAGGACGUUUGGCCCUCCCUUGGGAGGAGAAUUUUCCUCCGCUGCUGUCUCCUUGGGCACUGCCUGAUGGACGCCAGGAACUGGGAACCCGCUGCUGUGAGUCGGCGACUCCCGUUGGUCUCCUGCAGGGUGGCUGGCAUCGGCGGGCUGCGCGCCAUACAGGAGAGGGUGGCGUUGGCUGAUUAAGAGAACCGUUCGCCACCUUAUCCUGUGCAGGAUUUCACAUUCCACCAGGGGAGGCAGCACCUGCUCUUCCUGCCAGAUAACUUACUUGUGCCCGGGCCCUGUGGUGGGGGGUGGGUUCUGGGCUGGAGGGUGCCUCUCCUAGUGAUUCUCAGGUAGCCCGGCCCCCCACCCAGCUCUGCCAAGCAGGGAGAAACCCAGCUUGUUCUGACCUCCAAGAACCACUGGCUCUUAAAUGACUAGCACUGAACGAUGCCCUGGUUUGCACGGCGAGGGGAGGGGGGGUGAAAGAUUCAUUCUCUGGCCAGGGCCAUGGCACGUGAAGGAUUGUGCUGUCCAGAUCAUUGCAGCAGCCACUGUCUGUCCUGUUCCCGAAGCGAUCAUACCGAGCCGGAGCCUGGGGCGGGGAGGGGUAGGGCCCAUUCAGCACAUGCCGUGGGCUAGGGUGUCCCCUUAUGGGCUCCUGCCUUGAGGAGUUUAAUUUGAAUGCGCGGCGCGAGCCUUAGUUGGGUAAGAAACGCGCCGUUGGUGCAAAUGCCAGGAAACGGCUGCUGUUGAUACGGAUUGGUCACGUUUUCUAUGUAGGGCUGCUCUUCUACCUCUCUCCAGAGACGUGGACAGUACAGGCUCGUUUUC